GUAACUUAUAAGCGAGGACUGAUGCAAGUGUGUGCGUGUGUUUGUGAGGGAGAGAGAGAGAGAGAGUCAUAAGCCGUGGCUGCACGUUGCACUCUGCAGCACUUGCGCACUUCUUCCACCUCUCCGCAUACUGAAAUCCUCUCUGCGCCGACUUUCCAUCACAGCCAGCCUGGAAGUCUGCCGGUGGUCGAAGGGCCGUCGUUGUGAGGUGUCCACCGAGACAACUGAGAACGGCAUCGUGCACCACCACCACCCCGUCCCUUUCCCCACCCUCCCCUUAACCCUCCUCCUCUCCUCUGGCCGUUGUUGCGCUUCUGCUGCUGCAGAGUCCAAGUUCAGGUGAGCCCGGUCUCCGGUACAACAAGUACCUCCUCUCUCCGGUACCCUAACCGGGGGAUGCUCGCCUCCUCCCGUUAAACGCCAUGCUAUAAAUGGGCCGCACAGGAUGUGAAGCCUCACCAGAAGAAGCAGGAGGAUGGCUAAACCAGGCUUGUCUGCGGCGGUGCUGCUGCUCCUGCUGGGCUUCCUCUCAGCGUCCUCCGUUAAUGCCGACACCCUGCUGUCAGCACCGCUCAAUGUGACCAUCAGAGAACUCGAGGUUAACUCUGCUGUGGUUACGUGGGAAAUCUUGGAGGGAGACCCUGUCAUCGGAUUUGCCAUCACCCAACAGAAGAAGGAUGUACGCAUGCUGAGGUUCAUCCAGGAAGUGAACACCACCACACGCUCCUGUGCAUUGUGGGAUCUGGAUGAGGACACCGAGUACAUCGUCCACGUUCAGAGCAUUAGCAUGGGAGGAAGCAGCCCUCCAAGUCAGCCUGUGCUAUUCAGAACGCCAAAAGAGUCCGAGAAGAUGGCUUCCAAAAGCCCUGACGAGGUGACGAUGGAGGAGGUCGGCGAUGCUGCCCAGCUGAGGGCGGGAGAACUCAUCAUCAUCGUAGUGGUGCUCGUAAUGUGGGCAGGUGUGAUCGCCCUGUUUUGUCGUCAGUAUGACAUCAUUAAGGAUAACGAGCCCAACAACAACAAGGACAAAGCCAAGAACUCCUCAGAGUGCAGUACCCCAGAGCACCCGCAGGGGGGGUUACUGCGAAGCAACGUCUAAGAUCAGCCCUGCGUCACCUUCUGCAAUAACCAACUCCUUAAACCUCAGGACAGAUCCUGAGACCAACGGAAAGCCAUUCUCAGAAAAUAUACUCAAGAACAGAUAAUCCAUUACAGAAACUCUUCUUGACACAAUGGAGAGCUCUGCAGCUACAACAGGCACAAAUGUGAACUUACAAAAUGAAAAGCUGCCAAACAGUGAAAGAGGAAACACCAGAUGAUAAAACUCCUUUCACUUUUGUAGCAACCCAAAAAUGGAUCGCGGCUGAUGCAGACACGAGAUAUUAAAUGGCUGUCGGUCAAGCUCUUCUUGACGAGAACUGCUUAACCCGUAUGUUCCAGUUACUCCACAUCGGUGGCAUCUAAUCCCAGGAGUGGAUCAUUAAACAUGAAUGUCAGCUUCAGGUUUGUAUCAUCGGUCAGAGAUGGCAGAAGUGCAGACUGCCACACACGAAUAGCUGGUCCAGGAACCAGUCGGCACACAACAAAACAAGCUAAAGACUUUCUCUUUUUCUAUGUCUGUCCAUCUGCAUCACCUCCUUUCUGUCUUUAUAACAGCCCUCUGUGUAGCAACUCAUCUCUCUCCCUGUCUCUCUGUGUCAAUGUCUCAAUGAUAAGCACAUUGCUGUUUGGUGCUUCUCCUGUCGUGAUUGUUUUAGCCCUUACAAUCCCAGUCCUGAUUAUGGAAUGAUUAUAUUGUUGGGUCGGAAGUAUUAAAAAACGCACAGUUAUUUGUUUUUAAGGUUAGAUUUAGGAGUUUUCCUUCUCGCUUAAAGGGACUCUUAAGUCCAGCUUGUUAAUUCGGGGAUAAAAGAUCAGGACAACGUGAAAAACCAUGCAUGUGCACAGUUGCAGCCAAUUUGUUACCAGUUAGCCAGCUAUAAUUGUCUGUGCAUCGGGGAGGAAAAAGACUGGCGUAGCUGGAAAUAACAGAUCUCUGUUCGUAUUGAGGGUUACUGCUCAUUAAUGCAUAUGCAGCACCAUAUGUCAUCUGCAAUCGGCAGUGGGAUGUGAAGGGAAUAUGGAUGAAAAUAUGUAGGGCAUGUUCCUAAUGAAAUGGGCAAACAUUUUACCCUUUGUAUACGAGUGUCUUGUAGACCAAUAAGGGAAGCUGAGAAGUAGAAACCUUGAGAUGUUGUCCAGUCACAGUCAGACCUGUUUUUAUGCCCACCGGUAGCUAUGAGUUGGAGUGGGUUCAGCACAGCUAAACAAGCGUAUUGUCCAGGAAUUGUCCAGGAAACAAUUUGUUGAUUGUGAAGACUUAGAGAGAACAAUUUCAUGAAAAGAAAACUUCAGUAUUGGCUUGGGUUUAAGUUAGGGUGAGGGCUUUGGUUGGGGUCAUCAGCAAUGACAACUCAGCCCACACAGAGUGGCAGAACCUUUUGACUCCACAUGAACAAACUGGCUUGUUGAUUGGUUAGGUGUUUGUGUGCAAUUUAGGUUUUCGUAUGACUUUAAUAUGCUAAUCUUUAGACUGCUCGCCUGCUUUUCUGUAGUCUGGGCAAUGGUUAUGUCUACCCCUGAAGUAGCCCACCUAUUAUUCCCACACUCCACCACUCCAGUCCAGGACUAUAAAAAACAGUCCUGCCACUUUUGUCACAGUACGUAACAAACUAAGUGAUAUGAGGCUUUGUCCUGUAGAUUUAAUCACCCAAACUUUGAUUGACUGACGAUAACUGAAAACCUGGAUAUAAUCUAUGUGCUACUAAGUGUAUUUUUCAGUUGUUACAAUAACUAAAAAUACAACUUAAACAUGUGUCAUUAUCUUUAAUACUCUUGACAGUUGAACAGUUCAAAUUCAUAUUCAUGUCUAAUGUAACAACCAAACUAAUCAGUUUUAUGUGGCCCAACGACGGAAGGAUUAAGUUUUUUGUAUUGAUCCGAUACCAAUUAAUACAUAACAGGUAUUACCAAUACUAAUACUGCUACUCUUGACCUAUGAAGGCAGCUUAUGUAGGGCAGAGCAGUCUGUCAGGAUUUAUGAGAUGAAUCGUUAAUUUGCAAAUUUUAAACACUAAAUCAUCAUAAUUUUUACUUUCCGUAAUAAUUAGUUAACACAACGAAACACAACCUUCAGCUUUUCAUGUAUUUUCAAAAUGAAUUUUUUGGAGAUCUGGAGUGUAAAUGUGCCUGUCUCUAAAGCACCGUGGGUCAACUUCUGCUGUUAAAAUGGGCUAUAGGAUAUGAAUAAAAUAGACAUGACAGUCAACACAAAAAAGGGAAGAUACUUUUCAUAGUGUGUGUUUAAAGUAUUUUUUUUUAUUUCCCAAAAAAGUUAUUGGGCUCCAUAUUGAACUUAGACGACGGAAUCAAAGUAUUGAUCGUAUCACACUAGUAUCGAUCCUAACAAUAAGUGGGUGGAUCCAACCGCCUCGACUCAAGAUUCCAGCAGGGUAUUUUAUGCAGGAAGGAGUUAAUUAACAUGUAAAAAAAAUCAUUAAAAAAAGACCAAAAUCAACAACCAAUUAGUCCUGCUACAAAGUAUGUCUAACCAUAGCCUCUUAUAAUUAGCUUUGGGGAGGGUGUGGCUCAGGAGGUAGAGCGGGUCAUCUACCAAUCAGAAGGUUGGUGGUUUAUUCCUGUGUCUGUGUGUUGAAGUAACAUUGGGCAAGAUGCAUCCAUCGUGUGCGUGAAUGUUAGAUGAAGGCACUUGUCUAAGACUUGUCUAACAAGAUCUAGAAAAAAGAGUCACUGGGUGAAUGAGGCUUGCGGUUACAACCGAUGUCAGAGUUAAAAGAGCGCUAUUUAAUAGCAGUCCCCAACCUUUUUUGCGUAGGGUAUGAAUAACCCUAUUCAUAACACAUGGGAAAAGACCCAGGGAAACCGAAUUAAUGAUAAAAACGAUAAAAAAUAUCGAUAAAAACUGAUAAAAACCCUGAAAACAAUCAAUUUCACACCUGAGCCUCAACUCUCGUGGCCUGUUACAAAAUGCCUCACAGACCAUUACCGGUCCGUGGCCCAGCGGUUGGGGACCACUGUACCAGUCCAUUUACCACCAGUGUGUACUUAACAGCAGCUGAAAGUAGUCCCCAAAAUAUAUAAUCUGCUAAUUCCUGAUUAGGCAACAUUUGUGGGUAAAAAAAAUCAUAAUUGCCCAGAUGUUCCAUGUUUAAAAACAGAAAGUAGAUGUGUUUAUGGCAGUUCUUAAGGUUUAUGUCUUCAGUCGGAGCAGAUGGAUGAAAAGUGAGCGCUGCGGGCAGAUUAGCGAACAGAUUGUUGAUUUUAGUCUUUUCUCGGGAUUUGCAGACAAAAACAUAUAUAUGUAAAAUAAGAAGAAGCUAAUUCUCAAAAGCAAAAACAAAUGGAGAUUAUAUUUGAAGUCAAGGGAAAUCAUAAUUUGCUACCUAAGCUUUUAAGCAGAUGUGGAUACAAUAUUAAUAAAUGAGAAAUCCAGUGUACAUUUUCAUAGUGUUACUAUUCCAAGGGAUACAGAAGAAGGAGCGAAACACAUCAUCUGGCUAAAGAUAAAGGCUUCUUUUUAUUUUAAAGUUUCCUGUUGAAUUAUAUUGUAUUAUCUGCACAAAUAUAUUGGACAGCAGCCCCUUUACACCGAUGCUCUCUAGUUGAGUUCCCUCAAAAAGUCAGACAGAAAAAUGCUGCGAAGCUGAACUCAGCAGAGUUGCAUCCUUAUUAGAGAUAAUGAGUGAAUGUCUGAAUGCCUCGCUGGUUGAGAUGGCUGCUAAAAAGGAGCACGUAUACGCACAUAUACGAUUUAAAUACUGCCACGUGCUGAGAGAGAGCAGGGCUUUGCGUUCUCAUCAAAAUCAAUUCUGCCAAGGCCUCACCCUGCCAUCCAUUUUUCACCCUCUCCCUACUUUAUCAGCCUUUCUUUUUUCUUCCUCUGUCCCCAGCCACCUUUAUCCACCUGCAUUCUCCCCCAUUUAUGACUUCACCCUCACUUUCAAUCCCUCUGUCACAAUACUCUUUUCCUCAUAUAUCACAUCACCCUUCCUUGUUUCUACCCUUGACCAGUCUCGUCCUCUCUCUUCUUUCCUCUCCCCUGAUUCUCAUUAUAUCCACUUUCAGGCUCCCGUUAGCUGCCUUCUCCCUCUCGGCAUCAGCUCUGCUCUCUCUCAUUCAUUCGGCGCCGGCCCACUGCCUAUCCCUCGCUUGCUCUUCUGCCCAUUUAUCACCUUUUUGUCUCAGACUGGCUGAGAUGGACACUUUACCUGGUAAACAAGUGAAAAAAAUAGACUAAAGGGAGGAGGAAAAUGAGAGAUUCAGUGAAGGAGAACUCUUGAGGAAAGGGAAAAAUAAGAUAAGUAGAGGAAUUUUUCACUGAUAAGCACAUUUAAGUAUAGCUUAAGAAGCACUUUUUACACAGUUUGGGGCUUUUCUAAAACAAACAAACAAAAAAAUCUGACAGCAAAAGCGUAAAAACUUGUAUUUACUCUAAUAACUGUUAGCAUGUCUGGUUAACUAGCUAACUAGACAGUCCUAUUCUAAACCAGCAUUGUGUUUAUGCAGCAUUUCUGACAUUGUGGAUGCUAGCAUUUCAUAGUUGCUAAUUAGCUAGCCUGCACUCUUUAUUGGAUUUGGGUGAACAGCACCAGCCACUAAACGUACCAAGCACAUUGGUUAGUCUUUAUUCUUAAAGCCUUUUUGUCUUUUGAUGUGAGAAUGGUUUGAAUGUAAUAGUAAGGCCUUUAAUAUUUCUUUAUUAAUACUAUAUAACUUGUAGUAUAUACCAGACCAGUCCUCUGAAAACCACAAGUCUUUAGGCAUGAUAACAGUAUAGGCAUAUAGCCAGUGUUGCCAACUCCUCAGUAAGGAAAAUUGCUAUUGGUGGUCCUAAAAGUUGCUAGAAGUCACUAAAUGACAUCAUCGCCUAAUUGCAUAAUUGGUCAUGCUCAUGUAAUUGUAACUGAGCCAUAGGAGAGAGAAAUAACAUCGUGGAAGAGACAUAAAAUUAGUAAAAAAAAACCCACAUCCUAAAUACAUUUAGAAUAUAUUUAGAACUACAAA